AUGGCCACCGGCGACUCCACCAUGUACGACCCUGCGAUUGCUUUGAAAGCAGCCCGCGUGGCCGAAAUCCAUCUCCUCGCCAUGCAAUCCAACCCCCUUCUUCACGCUCAGUUUCCUACUCCCGAGAGCCAGGCAGCGCUCCAAAACUUGCUAGCGAAAGAAGCUUACCCCAAGAUCAUGUCUGCUCCCGCCGAGGAUGGCGUUAGGAUAAUCACGAGGGAGAAAGGUGGUCGCGGUGAUAUAGUGGGGUUUCUGAUGUGGGAUCAUCCUUCACCUCUUGACUGUUUUGGUGAUCCCCCUCCAAAGGACAACAAGAAGAAGAAGUUGGAAGAAGAGGGAGAAGUCUUGAGUAUCCCGGGAUGCAGGAGGAAGUAUCUCGAGGAAUACGCUCGGUUGGCGAAAGAGGCUAAGGAAAAGAGCGGCUACAACCAGAAGAGAUGUUGGCAUCUGACGUUCCUAUGUAUCGACCCCGAGCAUCAAGGCCAGGGCCUUGCGACGGAUAUGAUGGAGCAGUUUCUUGACAUGGUGGAGUAUUUGCAUGACGAAUUCGGACAGCUGCCGGUGUAUUUGGAAAGCACGAUGGAGGCUGUGUCGAUGUAUGAGAGGCUGGGGUUUGAGACAGAAGAUUGGUUUGAGAUGAAGAUACCCGCCAUGAGAAAGGGAGGAUGUUCAAAGGGGAGCGAGGGCGAGGGCGAGGGCCAGAGUGAGGGCGAGGAAGAGAUGAUGACGUAUCGAGAGGUUUGCAUGGUUUACUAUCCCGGGGCGCGGUUCAGGCGUAUCUCAUAG